AUGACGAAAGAAGACGACGACGACGACGAGGAAAUCAUCAUCGAACGUUUGCAACGAGAGAGACGACAAAAACGGAUGAAUGUCGACGAGAAAGAAGAAGACAAAGAAGAUUCUUUUUUAUCUUCAGACGAAGAGAAGAACGAUGAUACGAAUAAAAAGAAUAAUCGUCAAAAGCGACGGUUGAAAUCGUUCACCAUGCCCGCGAACGCGACGAAAGACUUCAUCUUUCAAAGCGGAAAAGGAGAAGACGAUCAGGAGGAAGAGGAAGAAGAAUUACUCUAUCGAGAAAAGUUUGGCACCUCGAAGAAAAUUUCAGAUCGAGAAAACGAAUACAAAAAAAGACGGUUUCAGAGACAACUCUCGCCGGAACGACGAGAAGGCGUUUUAAAAAAGGAUUCCUCCUCUGACAACGAGCAAAAAGGAGGAGAAGAAUCAAAAAGAGGGUACAAAGAAGCCAUGAGAGAACAAAUGUUCGCGAGAGAAAAAGAAGAGACGAUGAGGAACAUCGAGAGAAAGAGAGAGCGAGAGCGGGAGGAGCAGAAGAGGAGGGAAAUGUUUUCUUCUAUCAAAGCCGACGACGUCGAGGAAAAGAAGAAGGAGACAACAGAAGAAGAAGCUCCAAAUUUGGAGGAAAAGAAGAGAAAGAGAAAGAGUCGGUGGGAUAAGACGACGAACGGGAAUGAAAAGAACGAGGAAAAAGAGGAGAAUGUUGUUGUCGCGAGAACGAUGGACGACUCCGCCGCGAAUACCGAGAAGGUCAAGGAGCACCGCCGACGUUUGCAAAACGAUGCGUGGGACGACGACGACGAUGACGCCUCGCAAUCGGUUGGGAAUAAGAAAGGAGGAGUCACGAACGAGUGGGACGACGACGAUUCGACGACGAAAGCAACCAAAAAGAAGCCGAAAAGAAACCGAUGGGACGACGCGACGCCGAGAAACCAAACACAACCUUCUUCGACGCAAACAACGGGGACACGAAGGAAAGCGAGCAGAUGGGACGAGACGCCGAGAAAUGAACCAAGCGUCAUGAUGAUGCAAACGCCGAUGAUUAAUGGGGGUGGAUUAGGAUCCGAGACGCCGUUAAUGACUGGUUCAACGUCUGCGUUUAUGCAAACGCCCGCUCGAUCCUCUGAAUUCGGAGGAGGUCAACAACAGAUUCCGAUGACACCGGAUCAGUUACGAUCGGCCCGACACGACCGAGAGAUGGAAGAACGGAACAGAUUUAUGACGGACGACGAGCUCGAUGCGGUCUUACCAGGUUUGCCGCAAUACAAAAUACUCGAACAACCGAAAAACUACGUCCCGCUCCGAACGCCGGCGAGAAAGGCGCAGUUUUCACUCGGCGGUCAAACGCCGUUGUCUUCCGCCGGAGGAGCAGGAAAUGGUGGUGGUGGUUUCUCUAUUCCAGAGGAGAAUCGCACGCAAAUGUUUGACGUCCCAGACGUCCCGGAGGAUUUACCGACGAUGAAAGCGGAAGAUUACCAGUAUUUCGCUCCGUUGUUGAAAGAAAUCGACGAAGACGCUUUGUCCAUCGAAGAACAAAAGGAACGGAAAAUCAUGAAGCUUUUAUUAAAAGUCAAAAAUGGUUUACCACCGCAAAGAAAGUCAAGUUUGCGUCAGUUGACGGACAAAGCGAGAGAGUUAGGCGCUGGGCCGUUGUUCAACCAAAUCUUGCCUCUGUUGAUGUCGCCGACGUUGGAAGAUCAAGAGAGGCACUUGCUCGUGAAAGUCAUCGAUCGAAUCUUGUACAAAUUGGACGACUUGGUCAGACCGUACGUGCAUAAAAUCUUAGUCGUUAUCGAACCUCUGUUGAUCGACGAGGAUUACUACGCGCGCGUGGAAGGUCGAGAAAUUAUCGCCAACCUUUCCAAAGCGGCGGGAUUAGCGACGAUGAUUGCCGCCAUGCGACCAGACAUCGAUAACGUGGACGAGUACGUGAGGAACACGACUGCUCGAGCGUUUGCGGUCGUCGCGCACGCGUUGACCAUACCAGCUUUACUCCCAUUCUUAAAAGCGGUGUGUCAGUCAAAAAAAUCGUGGCAAGCGAGACACACCGGGGUGAAAAUUGUUCAACAAAUCGCCAUCCUCUCCGGCGUCGCCGUGUUGCCGCACUUGACGAAAUUAGUGCAAAUCAUUGAAUCCGGUUUGGAAGACGAGAAUCAAAAAGUACGAAUGAUUUCCGCUUUAGCCAUCGCGGCGUUAGCGGAAGCUUCGACGCCGUACGGGAUUGAAUCCUUCGAUUCCGUUUUAAAGCCGUUAUGGAAAGGCAUCCGAUCGCAUCGCGGCAAAACGUUAGCGGCGUUUUUGAAAGCCAUCGGGUAUAUCAUUCCUUUGAUGGACCCGGUUUACGCGUCGUAUUACACGAAAGAAGUCAUGGUGAUUUUGAUCAGAGAAUUUGCCACCGCGGACGAGGAGAUGAAGAAAAUUACUUUGAAAGUGGUCAAGCAGUGCGUGCAAACGGACGGCGUCGAUAGCGAAUACGUCCGAACGGAAAUUAUUCCUCCGUUUUUCAAAAACUUUUGGGUGAGAAGAACCGCGUUAGAUAGGAGAAAUUACUUGGCAUUAGUGGAAACGACUUUGGAAUUAGCGUUAAAAGUAGGCGCUUCCGAUAUAAUCUCUAAAAUUGUCGAAGAUUUAAAAGACGAAUCCGAGCCGUUUCGACGAAUGGUCAUGGAAUGCGUGACGAAGGUUGUCGAACACUUGGGCGUUUCCGACGUGGACCAAAGGUUGGAAGAAUUACUGGUCGAUGGCGUCUUGUACUCGUUCCAAGAGCAAACGCAAGACGAGAACGACAUCAUGUUGAACGGUUUCGGUACCGUCGUCAACGCUCUCGGUCAAAGAGCGAAACCGUACUUGCCGCAAAUUUGCGGCACGAUCAAAUGGCGCCUGAACAACAAAAAUCAAGACAUUCGUCAACAAGCGGCAGAUUUGAUUUCAAAAGUCGCGCCGGUCAUGAAAGUGUGCGAAGAAGAGCAAUUGAUUUGCCAUUUAGGUGUCGUCUUGUACGAAUAUUUGGGCGAAGAGUAUCCGGAAGUUUUAGGAUCUAUCUUGGGCGCUUUGAAAUCCAUCGUCGCCGUCGUCGGCAUGUCGAAGAUGACGCCGCCGGUGAAAGAUUUGUUGCCGAGAUUGACGCCUAUUUUGAAAAACAGGCACGAAAAAGUGCAAGAAAACUGCGUGGAUUUAGUUGGAAGAAUUGCCGAUCGUGGCGCAGAGUUUGUUCCCGCGAAAGAGUGGAUGCGGAUCUGUUUCGAAUUGUUGGAGCUUUUGAAGGCGCGGAAGAAAGCCAUUCGAAGAGCGUCGGUGAAUGCGUUCGGGUACAUCGCCAAAGCGAUCGGACCGCAAGACGUCUUAGCGACGCUUUUAAACAACUUGAAAGUGCAAGAAAGGCAAAACAGAGUGUGCACGACGGUGGCUAUAGCCAUCGUCGCGGAAACGUGCGCGCCGUUCACCGUCUUGCCGGCGCUGAUGAACGAGUACCGAGUGCCGGAGAUCAACGUCCAAAAUGGCGUUUUGAAAUCCUUGGCGUUCUUGUUCGAAUACAUCGGCGAGAUGGGGAAGGAUUACAUCUAUGCCAUUGCGCCUUUAAUUGAAGACGCGUUGAUGGACAGAGAUAUCGUGCACAGACAAACCGCGUGCGUGGCGGUGCGGCAUUUACUCUUGGGUUGCGCUCGAUUGAAUUGCGAAGACGCGGCGACGCAUUUGAUGAAUUUCGUCUGGCCAAACGUGUUUGAACAAUCCCCGCACGUCGUAAACGCGGUCAACGAAGCCAUCGAAGCGUCGAGAGUGACGUUAGGUCCGGCGUAUACCUUGUCUCACUUAGUGCAAGGCUUAUUUCAUCCAGCGAGAAUGGUUCGAGAGCGAUAUUGGCGCUUGUACAACAACUUGUACGUCGGAUCGCAACAGAGUUUAGUCGCCGCGUACCCUCGAUUGAAAGACGAUCAAGAGAACGUGUACAAAAGACACGAGUUGGAAAUGGUUUUGUGA